AUAUGUGUAUCCACAUAUUUAUUCAUUAUUUUAUAAAGAGCUUACUUUAGGGCAGUGAAAGCUACAGUCUAGGCCUAUGGGUGUAACUUAGGACUUUGAGCCUGUCCUCAAGACAACAUCUUAACUCAUCAGCACCAGGAAGAAAAAUAUAUACGAAACCGAAAACACAGGAACAUGGUGGCCUAAGCUGGCCAGUGGCAGGCCGUUUACUUGUAGACGUGGCUGUUAUAACACACAGGGACUGUAAGUCACCGGGAAGUUGAGGCUAAAAGUGAAAGUAGUUGCUCGUAAUCCAUAAAAACAGCGAAAAUGACUUCCGUUGAGAUGCUGGCGGAGCGAUACUUGUCGCGCAUAGGGUUUGCUGGCCCGGCUGAGCCGAGCCUGGAGGUGCUGCGGUCGGUUCAUACCUGUCACCUGCUCUCGGUGCCGUUUGAAAACCUGACGGUACACAGCGGCGGGCGAGUUCACCUCGACCUUCCUCUUCUGUACGACAAGAUAGUGAACCAGCGCCGAGGCGGCUUCUGCUUUGAGAACAACGGUCUUUUCUCCUGGCUGCUGUCAAAGCUGGGCUUUCGGGUGACUCUGCUCUCUGGUCAGGUGAAGAAUAUGAUCACGGGCUGCUACGGGCCACCCUUCGACCAUUUGGUCCUCAUGGUGAGCCUUGAUGGGCAGCGCUGGCUAUGCGACGUCGGGUUCGGAGCCCCCUGCUUCAGUGCCCCUCUUUCACUUGAGACCAGCGAGCCCCAGGAGCAGGGCCACCGAGUGUACCGCAUCACAAAGCACAUGGGGAUGCAUUUUCUGGAGUGGCAGCGGGACGAGAACAGAGGUGCAGAUGGAGACUGGACAGAAAUCUACAAGUUCACCCUUGAACCCCGGUGUCGGGAGGACUUUGCUGAAAUGUGCCAGUACCACCAGAGCUCCCCCAGCUCCAUCUUCUUCUGCAAGUCCCUCUGCACGGUUUUAAAAAAUGGUGGAAGGCUCACCUACAUGGGCCGCAGACUGACCAGCACCACAUUUCCAACAAAGGGAACAGGGGAAGUGUUGCGAACCACAACCAGGGAACUUAAAGAUGAGGAGAUACCUGGUAUUCUAGCAGAGGAAUUUGGAGUUGUACUAAAUUCUCCACUUAUACCAAAGGAUGAGACAAUCACACCACCGCCAGUCAUGUACUGAUCAUGCUUCCACAUUGGAUAUCUUAACCCAUCCAUAGACAGAAUGAUGUGAAAUAUGUAUAUUCUCAUUGAGAGAUGACUGCAAAAUGUCUUUGAUUCAUACAUGUGAUACAAGAUUUUAAAGUAAUUUUCAACUCCCAAAUCAACCACAGUACUUUGCUCGUCUUGAGAACAGAUGAAACAAAAAAAAGAUAAAUUG